AUGGUACGACACAAAAAGGAUGGCUUCUCGGCGCGAGGCGGCAAGAAAUACAGCAAUGCACCUCGACGACAAGGCCCCAGCCGCGACGGCGACGACGACGGACAUCCCGCAUCGCGCCCCUCAUUCAAAGCAGCAUGUUGGGAUUUGGGCCAUUGCGACCCCAAGCGCUGCUCGGGCAAGAAGUUGAUGAGGCAAGGGCUCAUGCGCGAGCUUCACGUUGGCCAGAAACACUCCGGCGUCAUCAUUAGUCCGAAUGCAAAGCAGACCAUCUCCCCCGCCGAUCGAGAGUUGAUGGAUACAUACGGCGCUGCAGUGGUCGAGUGUUCGUGGGCGAGGAUCAAGGAGGUGCCGUGGCCCAAGAUUGGAGGGAAGUGCGAGAGGUUACUGCCGUACUUGGUGGCUGCGAAUAGUGUCAACUAUGGGAAGCCGUGGAGACUGAACUGCGUAGAGGCGUUGGCAGCGGCAUUCUACAUCUGCGGACACCCCGACUGGGCUGAGCAGAUCCUGGCACCAUUCUCGUAUGGAGAGGCAUUCCUGGAGAUCAACUCAUCUAUUUUGAAGCGAUAUGCGGCGUGCAAGGACGAGGCGGAGAUCAAGAAGGCUGAGGAGCAUUGGAUGACGAGACUAGAGAAAGAGUAUGCGGAUAGUAGAGGUAACGGGGAGGAUGGGACCGAGACAGAUAUGUGGGCGGGUGGAAACUCGAAUCAUCGCGCACCAGUCAGUUCUGAGGACGAGGACGAAGAUGACGAGGACAAGGAUAUGGAAGAGAGUCGGGACGAGGUCGACGGUAUCUACCUGGGCAAGAAACCAGAGAAAAUUGAGCCUGCGGAACCAGAAACAGAAAGAGACCCCUUCGAAAUUUCAGACGACUCGAACGAGGAGGAGGAGAUGGCCGAGUUGAGACGUAAAGUCCUCGCUGCGAAACCAUUUUCGAAUCCCCAGGACACACAAAAGAAGCAACCCGAGAAAAUUUCUCGGCCAGUCCCCCUCAAAGAAGAUUCGGAGGUAGAGCCAGACUCGGACAACGGCGACGAUGAUGAUUUCGACAAUAUUAUCGAUGCGACGCCUGUGACGGAUAGAAUAGGCAUCAGGGCGAAGGAGAAGAGUAGGGCUCAAGAACCGCUUGCCAGUGCAGUCUUCUCCCGAACUGUCGGUGGUGCUCCGAAGAAAUGGUAG